AAGUGUCACUUUCUUACGUGAUUUAUGCAUGAAUGUGUCACGUUGCCAUUGGUUUAUAUCUUUCCAAUAUAUAAUAUAAAUUACCAAAUGGAAUUAAUUGUAAUAUUAAUAUCCCAUUUAAAUUUCAUCAAUCAGCAAUAAUUAGGAUUUAGGAUUUAAGAUCUUCUUUUCUAAAGAUUCGAAAAGCUACGUUAUGAUUGAGAUCUCAGAUCGUUUUCUUGUCACAAAUAUCUCUCUGUUUUGGGUUUGCUUAUUCAAAUCUCCUUCCGCCAAUUUUUCGUACCACAACAGCAACAUUAAACAUGCCUCUUACUGAUGAGAGAAGCAACAAUGUUCUCAAGAAUAGUAACCAUGACUCCAUCCCAUUCCCUCUGUGCCCUAAUAGAAGUAAGAAAACUGAUGAAAAAGUAACAAAAGAAGUGAUUAGUAAAGAAAACAAAUCAUCAUCAUCAUCAGAGAAGAAGAUUAUGAAUAUGGAACAAAACGAAGUGAGUGGAUCAACCUCAUCCAUGGCUACUGCUAAAGCUUGUAUAUGCUCUCCAACAAGCCAUGCUGGCUCAUUCAGAUGCCAUCUCCACCGAGCCAGUGUGUCUUCUUGCAAGAUGAACAUUACUGUUAAUAAUAAUAAUAAUAAGAGCUUAAAGUCCAAGAAUGUCCGUACCAAGGGUGAUGGCCUGGCUAGGCUAUCCAGGUUCGGCAGAGCUGCCUCUGAUCGAAAUUGUCAUAUAUUUGGGAAAGUAACUUAUGCCGGCAAUUUUUCAUUAAAUUUAAAUUGUCAUCCACGAGUAGUGAGAUUUACAAAUGAAGUUAUUCCAAAACUACAUACAGAACUACCUUGCACAUUCACACACACACAGAGAAACCGGGGGAAAGGUUAA